AUGUCUUUGGGGUUCUACUGGGAUAAUGGACAAACGGAACACUUCAGGAUAUGCUGGGGUCCCGACCACUUCCUUCUGGCUCUCUUAGCCUGUGUGGGCCUGGUGGUGUGGUGUGCGGGUGUGCCCGUAUUACUUUUCCUGCGGCUUUAUCGCCUACCAGAUAGGCAGAGCCCGGAGAAUUUCAGGAGAUACGGAUACUUCAUCCAAGGAUACGAACCGGUAUUUUGGUGGUGGGACAUAAUCGUCAAGCGCGCCGACAUUGGUUUGAUGAAUGUGAUCACAUAUACAAAUCUGGCAAAUGAUGAGAAAGCCAAGCUUCUGCUUUUCCCCUUUCUAUCUGGGACGCAGUUGGCUUUGUGCGCAUGGUGCAGGCCCUUCACAAACAGCCAGGCUGAGAUUUUGGAUUUCGUCGAGCCCGAGCCAGAUUUCCAGUGCUGUGAGUUUUUUCCUAGCGAUGAUGUACGGUAG